UGUUUAUCAAAGGUGGGAAAGCAUUAUGCUCAAAGUAUCCCUCAAGAAAUCUCCCUUGCUGAUGGCUGUAAUAACGUCCCAACGAUCGUGCAUGAAAUGAUGCAUGCAAUAGGUAAUUUUUCUCUCGCGUUUUUAUGCAAUGGAUAAAAAGAUCAUGGGCUGCCCUUAUCGCAUGCGAGGCGUUCGAGGUUUGCAUGCGGGACUACAAUGUGAUCUACAGUACAUAGUUUGCAGGGGUGUAGCCAGCUUUUCGACUAAUUGUAGGCUUGGCUGGCUUUCAUUUCCACCUAUCCUGAAAAUUGUACGCAUGGCUAGUACGUAGUGACCUCACCAACACUUUUAGCUCUUAAUAUAAGUUUUUUUUAGCGCACACCAACAACUCAUAAUUUAAUUCAAACAGUAGACCGGUCAAAGCAAAAAUUUGCAAGCCCAGGCCUUCAGGUCUAUGGGCUGGCUACGUUCCUGAUUGAAGUUGUAGUACUUUUAAAGUAUCAAUGAUGUUUCGUUUCAACAGUUCUUUAACGCACUCCGUUACAAAAACUUUCUUCUUAAGGUGGCUGAACACAGUUUCGGUAGUUUGUGAGUAUAUGUCAUUUGUCAAAUCAUGGCAAGAGAAAGGUUGUAGCUCACAAGCUGAAACUUGGCAGGUGAAAAAUAUACCGAUGAAAGAUUUUGAUCGACAGGUAAAAUGUGACGUUUUGUUGUUUCCAUGGCAACAGGAACGAUUGAACACAACCUUAAAAUUUCACUUUUGCUCAGUUUAAAUAAAAUUCGUUUAUUAGAUUUUCCUAUAAACUUGCACGCAGCUUACUAUAAGUAAUCAUUAUCAUUUGAAGCUUAUUUGACCAAAUUUUGACAGACGGGUUUUUAGAUAAUCAAUAAUAUAAUUGUAUCGUAAUUAUUAAGUGUAUCACAAAAUUCGUCUGUUCAACUUCCAUUUUAAAGUUCUCAUUAAUUAAAUACGAUAAAAGUCAAAAUUCUGCCAAAUAUCACAAAAUUUUAAUGAGUAGAUUUUGAGAAACCGUCUUCUGUGUACCAAUGCUUUAUUCGCCGCCAUGUUUGUUUGUCUAAUUUAAAACACGCGCCGUUACGCAAGUUACUGCUGACUGCCCGCAAAACUUUGUUCAGCCACCUUAACGCGGGUGAACCAAAUUGUGAAAUGUGAACAAGUCAUGGCCGUCUACGAGGGUAUUACUAAAGAGAGAAUGGGUAGCGCGCAUGGGAACUGCAAAAUGAAAAAAGGGAGAAUAGGCAAUGAAGAUACUGACAGGGGUAGGGUUGAAAUUACCUUUUGUUCCCUUGCUUCCCGGGUUCAUUUCCGUUCUUCGUUCCUCGUUUUAGCAAAGUCCUGUCCAGGAGUCCUGGUCCUGUCAGUACCCAUGUCAGUAAAUACAGGUACUAAUCAGUGCCGGAUCCAGAUCUUGAGAUAAGGGGGAGGGGGGAGGGGGCGGUCUCCAAAACGAAUUUUCCGCCCUUCGAGCCUCAGUUUGGUCUAAAAAUAAGGGGGGAGCCCGGUCCCCCGGGCCACUCCCCUGGAUCCGUCACUGGUAAUUUAGAUCCAGUUGUAUAUAGCAUCUUUCAUAUCUGCUUCAGGUUUCUUCUACGAGCAAUCAAGAAGCGACCGAGAUGAAUAUGUCAAGAUCUAUUGGGAGAACAUUCUACCAAGUAAGAUAUUGUAUACAGUAGUAAAUCAUACUUGCGUUGUGUUAAACGGCCAUCAGCGACAGACAGCAAACUAUUGUUGCAAACUGAAAGCUAAAAAGGUCUAUUUAUUUUCGACGACACGACUUUUCAGUCGUAGUUUUCAGGUUCGUCAAUUGAAAAUAUUGGUUUUUUUAAACUAGUACUUUGAAAUCUACGUGAUAUCUUUAGAAGUGUUCAGAUAUCUAUUCUGACUUCACUAACACGAGAAAAGGAACAAUUCUCGCUCCAAAACCAUAAAUAAUCCGAAACUAUCCCCUUGGAAUCCCCCGCGCCCCUUAACCAUAUGUUAACCCUGCCGUCAGAAUUUCUAUUUAUUUCUGUCCAAUUCGUUCCCAUGUUUCUCAAACGUCAGAAAUUACAUUUUUUUUGGCAUCUUUCACCAUUCCUGGGGUCGCAGUUACUUUCCAAUUAUUAUAAAAUGUAUCAAAAAAGCGCUUUUGAAUAUUAGCAUGAUGGAGUAAUAUCAUGAAUUGCUCCUUCAUAGUUAAAUGUGCGCAAAUAUGUCUUUACAAGAAAUACGUUAAGCCAAGUGUGUUACCUACCUACCCACUCUACCUACCUUGCCUACCCAAUUUUGUUUUAUUUUAGAGUAUAAAGACCAGUUUGACAAAUAUUCGUGGAGGACUAUUGAUAAUUUGGGCAUGUCCUACGAUUGUCAGUCCGUCAUGCAUUAUGAUAAAUGGCAAACCCACCAUUGUAGCCAUUGGAAACGAGAGCAUGGAAUUUGGAACUCCGAAUAACCUUCUAAGUACCAGACACGCAGUCGAAAUCAAUGCUUUGUACAAUUGCAAAAGUGAGUAAUUAUGUUCUAAAGUACCAUAUUUCGUCCAACUGGCGCACAAGGGAGUGCAUAGGCGAAGGGGAGAUUUACUUGACGGGCCAGGUUUAUGGUAUAUUGUAUACUAAUCAUGAAUUGUAAAUAAUUAUCAUUUCCAUUAUCAUUAUCGUUAUCAUUAUUAUUAUCAUCACCAUUAUUAUUAUCGUUAUCGUUCUAUCGUUAUCGUUAUCAUUAUCAUUAUCAUAUUAAAUUCCGCUCUGUUUUGAGUUUUUUUUGGUGUCGUGUUGAUGUCUUGCAGAGUUAAUUUUCACGUAGUACGAUCAGACCAUUCCUGGGGUCUCAGUUACUUUCCAAUUAUUAUAAAAUGCAUCAAAAAAGCGCUUUUGAAUUUUAGCAUGAUGGAGUAAUAUCAUGAAUUGCUCCUUCAUAGUUAAAUGUGCGCAAUUCAUGUCUUUACAUGAAAUACGUUAAGCCAAGUGUGUUACCUACCUACCCAUUCUACCUACCUCACCUACCUAAUUUUGUUUUAUUUUAGAGUAUAAAGACCAGUUUGACAAAUAUUCGUGGAGGACUCUGGAUAAUUUGGGUGUGUCCUACGAUUAUCAGUCCGUCAUGUAUUAUGAUAGAAUGGCAUUCACCAAAAACGGCAAACCCACCAUUGUAGCCAUUGGAAACGAGAACAUGGAAUUUGGAGCUCCGAAUAACCUUCUAAGUACCAGAGACGCAGUCGAAAUCAAUGCUUUAUACAAUUGCAGAAGUGAGUAG